AUGACAGUAACGGAAACUCCGGAGCGAUCUUACGGUGACUACAACGAGGGUUCGCCAGACGCGUACGAAGGGGGUGACGGAGGCGAUCUAUCGGGGGAAAGCGAAGACGGGAUUGCGCAUGGGGCGCGGGUUAGUCGGAAGCGUAGACCGAUCGUGAAAGCGGGGGAAGGAGCGGAAGGGAGAGGUGAGAGAGGGGGUGACGGGAGGAGAGAGGGAGGGAGGCAGGGAGUGGCUGGUUUGAGGAGGGAUAGGAGGGGGAAGAGAAGGGAGGAAGAUGGGGAUGAGGAGGGGGAGCAUUUGGAGUUGAAGGGGAGGAGAAGAGAGUUCAAGAUGAGAGGAGCGGAGAGGGGGGAUAGGGUGUUUGCAGGAGAGGAAGGAGGGGAUGGUAAUAGCGAGGACGCAAAUAAGGAGGACAGUGGAGGAGAGGAGGAGGGAGAGGAGGAGAAAGGGAGUGAGGAGGAAGGGAGUGGAGAGUCAAGUGGGGGGGAGCGAGAGGUUAAGAGGGACGGAGGAGAAAGAGAGGAGGAAGAGGAUGGGGAGGAUGGAAAGGAGGAGAAAUACGUUGAGAGGCGUCGUGGGAAAGGGAAUAAGGUGAGACGUGGUGUGGGCGGUAACGCAAAUGAGGGCGAGGAGGAAGAGGAGGAAGAAGAACGCGGAACAAGAGGGAAAGGUGGGAGAGGUGGGAGGGGUGGAAGGGUUGGAAGGGGUGGAAAAGGGUCGAGGGGAGGAAGAGGAGGUGAUGGAGAGGCGAAGAGGAGGAGAAGGCGAGGAGGGCGGGCUGCUGAAGCGAGCAAUGAGGGAGAGGAGGGGAUGGAUGGAGAGGCGGGAGGGGGGUCUGUGGUUAGGAAGAGGAGGGGAAGGAGGCCAGCUGCAAGUCCCAGAGAGGGGGGAGAAGGAGGGGUGGUACCGUCUGCAGCAGCGCCAUCGCCGGCCCCAAAGAAGAAAGGCACGCAGUCUCACAGAGAGGGGUGCCCCUGUGUUGUGUGCGAGGGGAUUCGACGCAAAGAGAGACGCACCUUGGAGUUUGGGAGGGAAAUUUCCAAGAAGGAACUUGACCAUGACGAGGCUACUGAGCUGGAUGCAGAUUCUGAUGACGAGGAUGGUGCUGAGCUGGCAUCUGAUAACCCCGCGGUGGCAUUGGACGAAGCUGACGAUGCAGAACCGGUGAUUCUGGACAGUGGGGCUGCUGCUGACGUGUCCACGCCCUCUGUUGAGCUGGCAGGAGAAGGGAGCGGAGAGGAUGUGACUGAAAUGAGGGAUCGAGAAGCAGAGGAGGAAGAGGAGGAGGUGGAGGUUAUGGAAGUGAGGGGAAGGAGGAGGAGUACAGACGGUGGGGAGGAGGUGGUAGUUGUGGAAGAGAAAGGGAGGAGGGAGGGAGGUGGUGGGAGAGCAAGAGACAGGCAGGUAGUUGACUUGGAGGGAUAUAGGAGUUCUCAGAUUCAAGAGAUUCAGGACACUCAGGAGGUUCAGGAGGAGGGGAAUGGGGGGACACAGGAAGUUGAGGAUGAGGGGGAGGAUGAGGAGGACGAGGAGGAGGUUCAGGAGGAGGGGGAGGAGUUACAAGCUGCUGACGUGGAUGAGGAGGAGGAUGACGUGGAUGAUGACGCGGACGACGAUGCGGCUCAAGAGAAUGGAGAAGAUGGCGGAGGAGGUUCGGGAGGUCCAGGCUCGGGGAAGGGUCGGGAGGAGGGCGGCAAAGGGAGGGCGGGAGGGGGGGCAGGAGGAGGUGGGAGAGAGGCAGGGGAGAAUGAUGCAGACGGCGGGGGGGAGGGUGAAGGGGAGGAGGAGGAGGGUGAAGGGGAGGAGGCACAAAGGGAGGAGGGGAACAUUGGUGGUGGUGGUAACCGCAUGGUGGACGGGACAUUAGAAAAACCUGCGAAAGCGCCAUCGAGCAUUCCGAAGAGAUUCCUCAAGGAGUUGAGGGAGCUUCGGGAAAUUAGUGGGAUUCCUGAGCCUGCUUUAGCCUUGGAUGCUGCCGAGCCUAGAGAAGGCACGCAGGCUCGGAACGGGGCUGCAGCAGGUUCGGCAACGCGGGGCUGGGUUCCUCCGAGUGUUCUUCGAGAUCCAACCUCCAUUGCCUGUUAUGUGCCGACGAGUGCUCCACACGUUCCGAAACAGCUGCCACAGAACGUCAUGAGUUUGGGUGUGCGCUUGUUUUCCAAUAGCCCUGGAGCAUUUUUGUGGCAGCAGCAAGCCAAGGCAACUGGGGGAGGAGGUGGCUCAAUGAGAAAGGAAAAUGCGUCUUCUAUCACCAGUUUCAGUUCUUUCUUUGUUGGUUUUUAG